GUGUCGUUCUGUUUUGCUAGCGACGAUAUCAGUGAGGUGAGACAAGCGAUGGCAAAGCAUUUCAACUAUAACGUGACCUCACAAUGUGUUACUGGUCAUGUCAGUAUUUUUAAAUGGAGCGUGAUGUACUCAAACCUUCACAUGACACUACCAGUUAUUCCGGUGUACAUUGCUGUUCUCGUUCUGAGAAGGCUUACAAUAGUCAAGCUUCACUCUGAUACAGCUCUAUCGGAAAAGACUAAACAUCUUCACAAACAACUGCUCACGAUUUUAGCGGAAGAAAUCCAUUUGAAAAAUCGACAAUACACACUGGGACAAAAUACGCAAAAAUCACUCCAGGUCUUUGCCACGUGGGUGACGUUCGAUGCUGCCGUUACUUGA